AUGUUCGAUCCAAAUUUGAUUUCGUUUUAUCUGUGUUUGGUGGCCGUACCUCAAAUUGCUUGGUGUGCCCGUGUCAACACAACAGCCUCGGGUGGGAAGGUGAUUAUUUCUGGGAAUCAUAACGAAGUCGUUGUAUCCACUGAUCGAGAUAAUAAGAUUUCGCUCGCUAAGAUAAAAAGCAGUUUGGAGUCAGUUAAGAAAUCGAACUCAGAGCUCUUCUCUCAGGUUCAGGACAUCUCUCAGAGAUUGUCGGCUCUGGAAAGUCAAGGUACAAAUUUUUGGAGUCCGUUGGCGAAUUAAUGCUUACUUAGUCAGCAAUAGCUUCCGCGUAAUAGUGUUUGUUCAAACGAAUUUUACGAUAAGACUUUUUUCUGGUCGAAUUUCAUUUUUGUGAAUUUAUCAUUCAGUUUAGAACCUGAACAGUAUAAUAAAUGUUUACAGUAUAAUUAGAGUUGAUCCGCCAUCUUGUGUGCAGUUGUCCUAUUACUAGCAGUCCGAGAACAUAACAAUUAGAAAAUAAUUAAUCACUUUCGUAUUUACAAUGUAAAACGCAUUCAUUGAAGAGUGCUUUUUGAUUUUUUGUCAAUAAGUCUCAAGCUUGUUCAUUUCAAUUGUUCUUUUAGCCACGAACAACUAUGCUUUACAAUUUACCCGCAAAGGAACAAGUGACUAUGUUAUCAAACGCGGCAUGCCAAGCCUCAAGGCAGUCACAGUUUGCCUUUGGAUGAAGUCUUCAGAUAAAGGAAAUGAAGGAACACCGUUGAGCUACACAGUCUCAAAAUCAAAAGACAAUGAAGUGCUCUUUAUGGACUACAGAAAGUUCAGGUUUUGGAUAGGAACCGAAGAAAGGUACAAAUAUCCCUAAACACAACUUUAAACAGAUAUGUAUAAUCAUUCACACAGGAAGCCAUAACUGCAUACGUCUGUAAAUACUAGGUUACUGUCGACAUACCCUUACGGUGGUCCUAUAAGAGAUACGCUUCACAAGAAAUGGCUAAAUUACGUGUAGUUUUUAAGAGUGAAUGUACUAUUAAACGACUACGGACUACAAGACAAUUAACAAUAAUAAGAGUGUAAGAGGGAGGUAAAUCAGAUUUUCAACUUCUUUAGAAAAACAGCUGUAUCCGCUAACGAUGGGCAAUGGCACCAAAUCUGCGCCACAUGGGAGAACAGUGCUGGAUCAUGGAAGAUGUAUAAAGAUGGAAAGGUGGCAGCUUCUGGAAAAGGUUUUAAGACAGGUAUGCUUGCCCUCUGUGACUAACGUGGCCCUGCACGAUUAAGAGUGGAUAGCGUUGAGCUACAUCAGUUCUGACUCUCAGAAAAAAAUCUUUAGUGUGGAAGUAAAAUUACUGUUUGUUUUCGCUCUAGUAAUACUGAAUAAAAAAAACUAAGUUAGCUGUAAGGAAAAAAAUUAAAAACCUUCUUUCUAAUAUUUAAAUUUCCAGGUCAUGUGAUUCGUGGUGGUGGGGUGCUUAUACUUGGUCAAGAACAAGAUUCACUGGGAGGAUCCUUUGACGCCAAUCAGUGCUUCAUUGGUGAAUUGACAGGUGUCAACAUCUGGAAUAAGGUGAUCAAUGAGCAACAGAUCAACCACAUGUCCAAGUCUUGUCUGAGAGGGGUGGGGAACGUAUUCCAGUGGAGUGACUUCAAGUUUCACGUGAAAGGCUCAGUGCGUUCGAUUAAACCGUCAUGUUAG